AUGGCCCGCGCGGCCGUCGUCUUCGCGUGCGUGGCCGCCGCGCCGCGGCCGCUGCCGGCGCCCAUCGAUCGCAUGGUGACGCCGUCGCUGGACGAUGCCAUCUACGGCGACAUGCACGGCGUCGUGCCCGGCGUGGCCUACGGCAACGGCGGCGAGCCCCACGCCUCCGAGGCGGAGAUGCAUCGCCUGAACGACGAGUGCCAGCGCCAGUUCGCGGAGACGGCCGUGCCGUUCGCGACGGCGAAGCGCCUGGCCACGGCCAACUACUACGAGACGACGUCCGACUUCCAGGGCUUCCGGAACCACGACCUGCUCCCGGAGAACGAGGACCAGUACUCCUGGGGCAACCGCCUGCGCCGCGGCGUCCCGCUGACCGCCGGCGACCCGAACGAGGACGUGACGAUCGCGUUCGGGACCUGCGAGGUGGAGGACGUCGACGGCGGCGGGACCUGGGCGAGCGAGCGCGUGGGCCCCUUCUACUCGUCGGGCGGCUACGACUGGUGGCAGCUCGGCUGGGCCGACGCGCUCGCGCUGACGGACAAGCUAAAAGGCGGCGGCGUCUACAUCGAGGCCAACUCCAUCGUCGUCACCGACGGCGCCGGCGCCGUCCUCGGCUACCCGCCGAUCCACGUCCACCACGUCCACCUCGCCUUCGCGCCGGGCGUGCGGCCGCGGCUCGGCGAGUACUACUGCGGCCUGGGCGCGUCGAAGCCCUGCUACAACGCGUCCUGGCACGGCGACUACGAGUGCCGGAGCGACCGCGGCGGCGUCGCGUGCCUGCACGAGACCUGGCCCCUGGGCUCCGCCAAGUUCGCGGGCGAGCCCGUCGACCUCGAGGGCGAGAUCAACGACGUCCGCGCGCGCGGGUCGCCGCCGCUCGAGUGGUACUUCCAGACGGGCAUCCGCUGGCGCCACGGGCGCGACUUCGCGGACGCGCCGCAGGUCCUGUCGAGCUUCAUCACGGGCGUCCCGGGCCGCACGGACCGCAACAACCAGCAGACGUUCGUCCGCACGUUCCCCGCGCCCAUCGACUACGACAGCAUGGCCUGGUCCAACGUGAAGAUCCCCUUCAACGGGCGGCUCGUGCGCAACAAGGUGCACAGCCACAUGACGGCCUUCUACAAGCUCCUCUGGGUCGCCGGCGACGUGACCCGCGUCCUGGACGGCCGCUACGCGCCGUCGUCGGCCUGGCGCGCGCUCGACGUGCGCGACUUCGGCUUCGCGGACGCGCCGGCCAUGUUCGACGACUUCUACGCGAAGAUAAACGCGGACGACGCGCUCGACCUCGUCUGCCUGGCCGAGUCGGACCUCGAGGACGUCGGCGGCCGCUGGUACGACCGGCGGCCGAAGGCGCGGUGCCGCGCCUGGGAGUUCCGCGUCGGCGACGACGCGUUCACGCUGGGCUGGAACGUGCGCAAGCGCUUCCCACUGACGCUCGACGAGACGGCCGACUUCGACGGCGUCAUCGUCAGCCGCACCGUGCCCCAGCACUUCGGGCAGAUGCUCACCUACGUCGACCGCGACCGCGGCUCCCGCGCGACGUGCGUCAUCACGUGGCGGCGCCUCGACGCGCCGGCCCUCUCCUGGGCCGCGUUCGCCCGAAAGCUCCCGGCGGGGCCGACGUGCGAGGAGGGGUUCUCCGAGUUCUUCCACCAGCUCAUCUCCUGGACCAUCUACGAGCGGCCGGACAUGCCCGACGCGCUCGUCCGCGCCGCGGGCGUCGCGCUCGCGCUCGUCUACUUCGGCGGGCCGGCGGUCUGCGUCGCGGUCCCCGCGUGGCUCGCGGCGCGGCGGCUUAAGCGGGACUAG